GGAAAUUCCCGUCUGGUUCCCGCGUACAUAAAUCGAGUACCAUCCACGAUUAGUACGCAUCCAAUGAUAACGCGCGUUCUUAGAAUUGUCGUGACGUUGUGAGGGGUUUCCACUGUUUCUAUUUUAAGUACCAAUGAAACAGGCGCUUACUAAAAUAUAGUUUGACAUCAAUUUCUCGGGAUUCCAUUUUACAAUUAAAUGAUGAAAGUCGAACUUUCGCGAAAUCGUGGAGGACUUUCUUCUUAUUUUAUCAUAUUGACCUGCAAUUUUUAUCGGACACUCGGUCUUGUGAACUUGAUAUAUCAUGCCGGACCGGAUCAAAAUUUACCGGAAAUGUCCGACGGUCCGACGGCUUUCGCGACCUCUGCCAAUGAGAAUUUUGCUAAUACAAUAAAUGUUUUUUUUUCUACGCAGAUGACAAACAAGUAAUUCUGUAGAUGCCAACUUUUUGUCAGUCAGCUUACAGAGACAAGGUGGGACAAGAUAAAGAAACAAAUCCCGAAAAAAGUGUAAAGCAUAACCAUGCAACAGAUAGCAGACGAACGUACGUACAAUAAUGCUUCGGAAGAAAUAUGACAACUACAGAGAAUAAAUGCUUUAAAUGUGACGCGUGUGACUAUGCUCUAAUGUUGUCAUGUUGUGACUAUGCUUUAAUCACAGAAGUAAUCUAAUGACAUAUAUGAGAGUAUACAAUGGAAAGAAUAGCUUCAUGUGUAAUGUUCGUGAUUAUAAUCGCAGCGAUAAUCUAAAAAUUCAUAUGGGAAAAUGCACAUAAGAGAAAAGCGUUAAAUGUGCUUUUUGUGAUUAUACAUGUAAUCGCAGCGAUUCUCUUAAGAUUCAUUUAAUAAACACUAAGGAGAGAAAGGCUUUAAAUGUGUUGUUUGUGAUUAUGCUUGUAAUCAUAAAGGUAGCCUGAAGAGAAACAUGAGAACACAUUCUGGAGAGAAAAGCUUUGAAUGUGAGGUUUGUGAUUAUGCUUCUAAACAUAAAAAUAAUCUGAAAGCACAUAUGAGAAUACAUACUGGAGUGAAACGCUUUAAAUGUGCUGUUUGUGAUUAUACAUGUAAUCGCAGAUAUCAACUUAAGAUUCAUAUGACAAAACACACAGGAGAGAAAUGUUUUAUAUGUUAUGUUUGUGAUAAUGCUUAUAAUCGCAGCGAUUAUCUUAAGAUUCAUAUGACAAAACACACAGGAGAGAAAUGCUUUAAAUGUAAUGUUUGUGAUUAUGCUUGUAAUUAUAAAAGUUAUCUGAAAAUACACAUGAGAAUACAUUCCGGAGAGAAAUGCUUUAAAUGUGACGUUUGUGAUUAUGCUUGUAAUCGUAGCGAUAACCUGAAGACACAUAUGGUAAAACAUACUGGAGAGAAAAGCUUUAAAUGUGAUAUUUGUGAUUAUGCUUGUUAUCAUCAAAGUAGUCUAAAGAUACAUAGUAGAGUACACACUGGGGAGAAACGCUUUAAAUGUGAUGUUUGUGAUUAUUCAUGUAAUCAUAAAGGUAGUCUAAAUGUACAUAUGAGAAUACACACAGGAGAAAAAAGCUUUAAAUGUGAUGUUUGUGAUUAUGCUUGUAAUUAUAAAGGUAAUCUGAAAAUACACAUGAGAAUACAUUCCGGAGAGAAAUGCUUUAAAUGUGAUGUUUGUGAUUAUGCUUGUAUUCGUAAAGAUAGCCUGAAGGCACAUAUGAGAAUACAUAGUGGAGAAAAAUGCUUUAGAUGUGAUGUUUGCGAUUAUGCUUGCAAUCAACAAAGAAGCCUCAAGGCACAUAUGAGUGUACAUACUGGAGAAAAACGCUUUAAAUGUGGUAUUUGUGAUUAUUCAUGUAAUCGCAGCAAUAGCCUGAAGAUUCAUAUGAGAAAACACACAGGAAAGGAAUGUUUGUGAUUAUGCUUGUAACCAUGAAGGUAGCCUGCCUAUGUGAGAUUACAUACUGGAGAAAAAUGCUUAAAAUGUGAUAUUUGUGAUUAGGCUUGUAAUCAUAAAGGUAGCCCAAAGGCAUAAACAGGAGAGAAAAUGAUGCUAUGGGAAUGCAUACUGGUGAAAAAAAACACCUUUAAAUAAGAUGU